ACAAGCAUGGAGGUCGGUCUGCUGCGUUUGCACGCGUGAACUUGUUUAUUGUGUACAACCUCCGCGUCUGCUAAAAGCCACGUUCCUUUUUUUCACAGAGCGGAUUGAAGCGGUUGACAAGUAAAACAGGAACCGCCAGCGGCUGACGUGCGACCAUGGUUCUACCAGCGUUGUACGCUGCGCUGCGCGUUUACGCGCCCUACGUCACCUUCCCGGUGGCCCUGGUCGUCGGCAUCAUCGGCUACAACAUCGAGGGCCUCAUUUCGGACCGACGCACUCCCAACAAGAAGACGAGCAUUGACGAAGAGCGCAAGGAGCGGCUACUGCACGAGUUGGACUUGCAGCAGGACGUCACGCAAGUCGAGAGGCUCAAAGACAAGAGCUUCGUGCCCAAAACGGUGCUAGAGAGGAACGUCUCGCCUUCGCUUAGGACGCUAGACACGUGAUUGCUGGUAUAUCUGGCGCAGGUGUAGCUCGUAAACAGACUAUGGCCUCUUAAGCACUGUUUUGGAAAGCAUGUUUGGCCUAAAAGGCGUGCUAGUAGUGUGAAUGUUCGAGGCAUCGACGUAGUGUAAACAGACUUAGAUUUCCUAAAUGUUGUGUUGGGGGAAAGCUUUAUUGGACAAGAAGGUAUCGUAGAAGUGUGAAUGUUAUUCUCGUUGAUUGUGAUAAUGGCACUCUUCUGGAUGCUGUCGAUUCCCGCCGUCUUUUCAACUAUGAUUGGGCUCUCCAAUUGACUGGAAAUGCCACCAUUACAGAAUUAGACGAUAUGGCAGAUUCUGACAAUGUCCGGGAUAGCACCCUUCUCGAGGGAUGAGAAGGAAAGAAUGUUUCGUAGAAUACUUGCGAGGCUUAACAGCCUAGGUUUCUGGGCAAAUUUGCCUGGUCGGGAUACUACCACUGGCCAAAUCUGGCAAUGGAGGUCUUUCUGUGUCUUGAAUGUGUUGAUGUAAUUUCUGGUGCCCUGGCUUGGUAUGACGAGAGCUCGUGAUCAGAUGGUAUAGUGUGUGCCUGGAGAACACCAAAAGAGAAGGUAUGACUGUUUCUUUAUGAAGCUUUUCUUCUGUUUUUAAUGAGGUAGAACAUGCAAAAGAUGAAAUACGCUUCCCACAGCAAAAGGUGGGAAUGCAUGUUCUCUUUUUUUUCUAUUUAAAUGUGUUCUGACACAACAAUAAUCACAGUUUCAUUACAUUGGUUUGCUGCAUGAUAAAUUGCAAAUAGUUACCUUAAAGGGACUGUCUACCUUACUUCACUGCUUUUAUGUUUUGUGUCGCAACAGACAGCGUACCAUCUGAAGUGUCUAACCAUGCAGAUCUUUCUCUGGAAA